CAUAAACUGAUGACGAAAUACACAUCGGAAGUUGAAACUGGCUAGAAAGAAUUCCACAAAUAAUUUCAUUCAUUCCAUUUCGGCAAUUCUGGAUUUCCUUUGAAAGUCCAGGGGUUUUGAAGGGUUAAGCCAAGAAUGGCAAAUUCAGUUGAGGAAGAAAGUUUAGAAAAGCUUAAGCAAUGGCUAAUCCUCUACAGAGAUGAUGGUGCCUACAAAGUAAUCUCCAAAACAUUUAGUCGAGAAAAGGCAUUGUGUGUGACCCAACUACUGGCAGAUGGACAUGGGAAAGAGGUUUUAUCCCAGAUACAGAGAUACAGCUCAUCAGCAGCCUUAAUAGACAGAGAACCAUUGUUAUUUGCAUAUGCUCUCUGCUGUAAAUCCACAGACAAAAACACGAAGAAACAAGCAGAGCAGUUAUGUGAUAAAAUAUGUAAAACUCCUUGUGACUUGUUUCAGUUGUUCAAAUUUCAUAACAAUCUGUCCACAACAAAGAGCUGGGGAAGAUAUUUCAAGAGAUUGAUUAGCACCUGGUACCACAACCAAGAUCCAUAUCAGCUGGCACGAAAUGUCAGCAAAGAGAUUAGCUUCUUAGGAUGGUCACAUAGGGAUGCUCUUAGAAUGGGACAUCUGAAACCCAAAACAGAUGAAAUGGACCUCAUCUUUAAGUAUCUAGUCCUAGGCCUAGCUGAGACCAAGAAGUCCUUUGGAAAGUCAGACAAGGAAAGCAUUCAAAAACUUUUGGAAUUUCUCUCUGCUGUUGACAUUGCCAAACACAAGGAAGAUGUGCUACAAGUUGCAAAGCUUGUGGAAUUCCAUAGUCUUAAAAAGGACCAUCUACGGACAGUUUUGCUUAAGGAAAAGGAGAUUUGGACAGCUCUGUUGAAAGAAAUGACAAUACAAGAAAUACUAGAAAAUAUAGGACAGCUGGCAAACAUAGGAUAUCUAGAUGAGGGCUUUGAUGGUAGCCAGUCUGUAGUGGACAAGCUUAUGAAUGAAGCUUUGCUAAAAGAACAAAAUGUCCAGCCAUUUGAGGUAAUUAUUGCUUCCAACUACUAUAAAGAGGGUAGGAAAAAGGGCAUCACCUGGCAACACAAUGACAAAGUGAUCAGAGCAUUGGAUUUUGCUCUUGACUACACUUCGAAGGGCAAUUUGAAGCCCACAGGUAAACGUUGUGUUGUUGCAAUACGUAUUGGAAUCAACAGAAACAAAUCUACAGUGCGAGGCACAAUGACUCUGUCAACAACUGCUGCAGCUGCUGGGGUUGCCAUGGUGAUCACUAGGGGCGAGGAGAAUGCUGACGUUGUCUUCUUCACAGACACUGUCACACCACUGACAGUGACCAAGGAAACCAAAUUAACUGAUAUGCAAAAUGAUAUUAAAGAGCAAGUCAAGAAAGCUAAUAAGAAAGAGGAGGACGAUCAAGAACCAGAGGUAGGGGAUGAUGGGGAGGAAGCUGAUAUCUUUGUAGGGGUGCCUCCAGAACCUUGUGACCUGGUUGCUCCAAUCCAGUGGGCCACCAGCCAGAAAAAGGAUGUGGAUGUGUUCAUUUUAGUGACUGAUGCCAACAAAAGCACUGGCUCCAAGAAUUUAGGGGAAGCCAUUGCUCAAUACAGAAAGGACAGGAACCUACCAAAUACAAAGCUAGUAACUAUUGGUUUAACAAAUUCCAACAUGAAGUUUGCCAAUCUGGAAGACCAAAACAUGCUGGAUGUAUCAGGGUUUGAUGCCAAAGUCCCAAAAGUGAUCCAAACAUUCUUGUCAGAAGCAUAUUGAAAAGUGUUAUGUCAAUUCAUGUUGACAUUACUGUGUCCAUGUGCUUGUGGUGAAUCUUGAAAGUAUUUCGUUUACCUUGGAUGGUGUAGAUUGUUUUCUGGAAUAGGUAUUGUUUUUUCCUAAGAAAUAUGGUGUAUGGUUUAAAGAAUUGGAAUGGUCAAAGGGAAUGCGGAAUCAAUUUGAGUGCUAUGUCUAGGAAUAAGUAGAUUAAUAUUACAGUGCUAUGAAUCUGAGAAUAUCUCAAGUCAUCUGUCUUGUUGGAAUAGCUUUUACAUGUGAAACAUUGUGUGACAUAAGCUAAAUAGGGCUUCUUUUUGUCUGUCUAAAUUUGUGUUGUAUGCAGAGAGGACAUAGGAAAAACCUCCUCCUCUUCUGUAAAAAGUUUUAAUUGUAAGGCUAUUAAAAACUUUAUUUUGUGCAAUAAACAAACAUGUUCUGCUGAACUUCAACAACAACAAAAAUUAUGUUAGUGAUGUACUUGCUAUUCUCCUGAAUUUAAAACUCACUUUUCCUUGCCAGUUAUCACUAAGACAAUUUUAUUAGCUAAACAGACUGUGUUUUAAUGCAAACAUAUUACUAUAUAUAUGUAUCACAUGCCAAGUUUGACAUUUUGUUGUAGAAAUUUGAAAAAAAUAUUUAUAAUUAAUUCACACCAUAUCUUAUAUUUAAGCUAAAAUUUUGAAUACAGCAUUAUUUGUUUUAUGUCAAUGUACCAAACCCAAGCAUUUUUUUUAAUGCCCCACCAUAAAUAUGGCGAGUUUGUCAUGUCCAUCUUCCGUCCUUCCGUCUGUCAUUCCGUCGUGCUUUGGAUUAAACUCAGUUCAAAACUCAGUUUUAAAGAAACUAUUCAAGAUAUUUUUAUCAAACUUCAUAUGCUGAUACAUAUUGAUGAGAGCUAUUCAACUGCAUCAAAAUUUUUGACUGUGACUUUGACCUUGACCUCACUUUUCUUAAAUUAGUGUUUAGCUCAGUUCUUAGGAAAACAUUCAAGAUAGUGUAAUCAAACUUCAUAUGCUGAUACAUACUGAUGUAAGCUUUUCAACUGCAUCAAAUUUUGACCUCUCCUUUGACCUUGACCUCACUGAACGAAUUCAUUUUAUACUUAUGUGCCAAAAAUAUGAAAAUUUGAGAAAAAAGUAUGAGGAAAAUUAGUGUUAAGCUCAGUUUUAAAGACACCAUUCAAGAUAGUGUGUUCAAAAUUCAUAGUGAUGUUAGCUUUCCAGCUGCAUCAACAUUUUUUAACUUGACCUUGACAUUACAUUUCUUAAAUUAGAGUUUAGUUCAGUUUUAAAGAAACCAUUCAUGAUAUUUUUAUCAAACUUCAUAGGCUUAUACAUACUGAUGAGAGCUAUUCAACUGCAUCAACAUUUUUGACCUCACUUUUCUUAGUGUUUUUCUAAGUUUAAAAAAAAACCCAUUCAGGAUAGUAUUAUCAAACUUCAUACACUGCUACAUAGUGAAGUAAACCAUUCAAUUGUAUCAAAAACUUUUGACCUUGAACUUUCCUUUGACCUUGAUCACACUUUACUUAAAUUAGUGUUUAGCUCAGUUUUAAAGAAACCAUUCAAAGUAGUGUAAUCAAACCUCAUAUGCUGAUACAUACUGAAGUAAGCUAUUUAAUUGCAUCAUCUUUUUUUACCUUGGCCUUUCCUUUGACUUGACCUCACUUUUUUAAAUUUGUGUUUAACUUAGAUUUAAAGAAACCAUUCAUAAUAUUUUUCAAACUUCAUAUGCUAAUGCAUACUGAUGCAAGCUUUUCAAAUGCAUCAACAUUUGUUGACCUUAAGGUUUCCUUUGACCUUCACCUCACUUUUCUUAGUUAGUUUUUAGCUCAGUUUUAAAUAAACUAUUCAAGAUAUUUUUAUCAAACUUAAUAUGCUGAAAUUUAUUAGUUAGAGCUAUUCAACUGCAUCAAAAAACUUUUGACCUUGAACUUUCCUGUGACCUUGGCCUCACUUUUCGUAAAUUUGCAUUUUGCUUAGCUUUAAAGAAACCAAUUAAGAUAUUUUUAUGUAAGCUUUAAAUUUGCACUUAUACAUUAUUUGGUGAGAAUUUAUUAUCUUUAUCCAAUAUUUUAUAUUUCAAUUUCAUUUUUAAAAUAGCUAUUCAAGAUAUUCUCAUUAAACUUCAUAUACAUUACUAAUAAAAAUUUCCAGGUUGCAUUACUAAUUUUCCCUCGGCAGAACAUUCAUGUCCCAUGGACAUAUUUCUA